UCCCUCCAGCGCUCACAGCGCUCGGCUCCUCUUCGCUUAGCUCAGCUGGGCCAGCCUGCGAUAUAGAACUUCCCUAGAGCGCACCACGAUGAUGAUGUUAUUAUCAUCAUCAUAGUCCAACUCUGGCGUCACCGCUGCCUUCACAUUGAAGAAGAAGACGACGACUACGAAGGCCGUGCCGCGUGCCCCUCCUGGGAGAGCGAGUGAAGGAGGCGCGAGUCGGGAGCGCGGGCGGAGUGGAGUGGAGUGACGGGCCCUCCUAGUGCCUCGCAGCCUCUACCCCCUCCAUCUCUCGACAAACUCCGCCACAAACAUUCCCAACGACAACAGCCACAAUACAAACGUCUCGUCGCGCUCCAGCAGCAGCAGCAGGAGCAGCAGCAGCAGCAGAGAUGUCCGUGCAUGUGUUCAGCAUCGACAGCAUACUGGCCCGCAAGCCCAGCGGUAGCGGCCACGGCGGUGGCGGCGUCAUGACGACUGGAGCCGGGUCUCUCCCUGCGUCCUCGGGCUUUCAACGCGUGAUGCACCACCACCACCAGCAGCAGCAGCAGCACCAGCAACAGCAACAGCAGCAGGCACCAGCGGCGGCGGCUCCUCGCAAGGAGCUGCUGGAUUACGGGGGGCUCUACGCGUGCGCGCCCGCGGGCUCGCCCCCAGGCUACAGCUCCAGUGGGGGGCCUGCCCCCCUAGGAUUUGGUUACCUCUACGGGCCGCUGAGCGGCGAGUUGCCGGCUUCCCCGCACGCCUGCUGCGGCCCUCCGUUCCCGCCCUCGUCGUGCGCGAAGUGCCCCUACGCCGUGCCCGCAGGUUUCGGGAGCUCGGCUCUGUACGGGCCCGCGGGGCUGCCCGCUCUCUGGCCCUACCUGCCCGGGGAGGCGGCGGCUCGCCUCGAGAUGCACAUGCUGCACCAGCUGCACAAGCGCAAGCGGAGGCACCGCACCAUCUUCACGGACGAGCAGCUGGGCGCGCUGGAGGAGCUCUUCGAGCAGAACCAGUACCCGGACGUGAGCAUGCGCGAGCAGCUGGCGCGCCGGGUCCACCUGCGGGAGGAGCGCGUCGAGGUUUGGUUCAAGAACAGGAGGGCCAAGUGGCGGCGACAGAAGCACGCGGCCACGCCGGAGGCCAAGGCCGAGCAGUCGCGCGGUGGCGGUGGCGGCGGCGUCAUCUCGCGCGACCCCGACGCGGAGCUCUCCCCGCCCUGUCCAGACACGAGGACAACCGAGAGAUGAAGACCCCCACCAACCACCACCACCCGUGCACUCCUCUACCAGCACCGCCAUCGUGACACCCGUGCCAUUGCACAACGCCGGCCGGCGUUUGUGCCCGUGUGAUGUGAUGCGUAGAGGGGCCUGCGCAGUCAGCCUUGCAAUCGAUCGGAAUGCCGCCCGGGCAACAACCAUGCUAUAGCCUACACAGACUGUUGGGACAUCUGCUGUUAGCCAGCCGAUUAGCGCGGUUGGCUACGUACGGUGCGAAAGAAGUUCAACAUACAUACACAUACACGAAGGCCGGCACGGCGCCUAUGAGCGAGUGAUGUGGCCAGGACUACGCCUGGCCGCCUUUGCCUCCCUCCACGCCAGUGCUGAUGUUUACACACCGCACCAGCUACUCAUUUGAAGUUGAGUCGCACUACGCGCACACGCACACCUCUGUUUUGUUCCGUCUGGUUUCGUUUUUAUAAUUGCCCUGACUGUUACACACAAAGACAAAGAUCCCCCGUAUAGUCUUGACGGACUUUCUGGGGCAAGUGCACACACGCUCACUCACACUCGCGCAUGCGUCUCGCAUGGACGCGCGGCGUCGCCAUGUGUGUGUAUAUACUGUACCGUAAUUGUAAUUUAUGCUUAA